AUGAUUAAGAAGAUUCGAAAUGAAGCAGGGCGAUGGUUCACGAGGCAGGAUGAGAUUUCACAGUGCUUGGUUGAUUAUUAUGGAACGCUUUUCACAGGCGGGACUCUCCCUACUGAUUGGCCGGUGUUCGAUUCCAUUAGUCCGAAAGUUGGCAUUGAGGAUAACAAAGCUCUCCUACGGCCAUUUGAGAAAGAUGAAGUAUGGACAGCCCUGAAACAGAUGGGGAAGCGCAAGGCUCCUGGCCCCGACAGUUUAUCCGUGUUCUUCUUCCGCAAGUACUGGUCGGUUGUUGGGGAUGAUGUUACAAAAGCAGUACUACAGAUCCUGAACACGGGAGUUAUGCCCGCGGGUCUUAAUCACACCCUAAUCACGUUGAUCCCGAAGGUUAAGCAGCCAGUGACUCCUAAAGAUUAUAGGCCGAUAAGCCUAUGCAACGUGCUCUACCAGGUGGUGUAA